AAUUCAUUUGUUCCUGGGUUAGAAGUUGAAAGGCAGUGCAAAAAUGAGUAAAGAUGAUGAACCUUGGUCUUUGGAUCCACCGAGAAGAUCGUCCCUUUAUGCGUCGGGUGACGAUCAAAAAAUGGCGGUUAUCCGCAAAGCUUUCCAAAUGUUCGAUACAAGCAAAUCAGGCUUUAUUGAAACAACCAAAAUCGCUACCAUCUUGAACACCAUGGGUCAACUCUUUGACGAAGGUGAAUUGAACAAUUUAAUAAGGAAAAAUGAUCCAGACCAUUCAGGAACAGUUAGUUUUGAUGGUUUUGCCGAAAUUGCUUCACAUUUUCUUGAAGAAGACGAUGACGCUAACAUCCAACAAGAACUUAAGGAAGCUUUCAGAUUGUAUGAUAGAGAGGGCAACGGAUACAUUACCACAGGAACAUUAAAGGAAAUUUUAGCUGCUUUGGAUGAUAAUUUGACUAGCAGAGAUUUGGAUGGCAUCAUUGCUGAAAUUGAUACCGAUGGAUCUGGAACUGUAGACUUUGAUGAAUUCAUGGAAAUGAUGACUGGAGAUUAAAAGAAACCAGCCCUAAAAUUGUUAUUUAUUAUUUACACACACACAAAAGACACUUAUUGUUAAUAUAAAAAUGUACAAAAGAAAAAUAAAUACAUAAAAAUAAACUUAUACAUUUAUUUUUAAACAUAAAUUCCUUGGACCAGAAAAUUACUUUUCG